AUUUCAAUGGGUAAUUUAGAAAAUGGUUGUCUUUCUCGAUCUUAAUAAAUAACUAACAUUCACAACAAGGAGAGACCUUCUUAAUUGAAAAGAUAAUAUGUAUCAGAAAAAAUUAGAAAUUCGUUUCUCUACCCAAUUCCUUUAAAAGAAACAUAAAUGUUUGCAAAAAAAAUAGGAAUUUAAAAUUACAAUCCAUAUAGUAAAUCAAUUACAAAACAAAUAAUUGAAGUCUCAAAUCUUAAUUAAAACUUAGAAUUAAGUUUAUGUCGAUUUCUAUUGGUAAGUUUAUAAUCUAAUCUAAAUUAAAUAAAUGAGAUCUUAAUAUCAAACUAAUAAUUCAGAUAAAGUAUAAGACCAAUUGAAAAUGAACUUUUAAGAGAAGCAAUAAAAAUUGUAGGAGUUGAUUUUUAAAUGGGAUUAGUAUUGAGUAUAAAAUUAGAUAAAAUCAAUAUUGAAUAUGUUUAGCAAUACCUGCUAUUUUUUUUCGAAUAUCUAUUUUAUGAGAUUGCCAAAAAUAAUAAAUUAAAUAAUCACAUUAUUGUCAUUUAUGAUUUACAGUAGGAAGCAGUAAAUUAAAUAUUUCUUAACUUCUUAAUAAAUUUGACAUAUAAGCAUUAUUUCCUGAAUAUAAGAAAAGUGAUUCUUGUAAAUUUAAAUAUUGAAAAAAUUUCAUCCGAAGUAAUAGGAAUGCUCAAUUCAAGCUAAUACUCAUAUUUAUUAUUGCCUUUAGCUGAUAUAGUUUAUUUAGCUAGACAUGUUAAAAAAUCCGAGCUAUAAAAUGAGUAUGGAGGGGUUUUUGUAAGGUAAAGAAAUCCUAUACCUUUAACGAUAAGUGAGGCGAUAAAAUACAAAUUAUGAAUUUUGUUUUAAAUUUUAAAUAUAUAUAAUCUGAC